AGCUGAGGAAUAUGAACUAACAAUAAACCGCCGAGGCGAGCCCAGUGGUGAGGAUGUGUGAGCAGGGGCUGGAGAUGGCCUCCAUCCUGCCGGCUCUGCGGGAGCUGGAGAGUGCCAGUCCAGAAGAUUACAAUACAGUGGUGCAGAAGCCAAGACAGAUUCUUUGUCAGUUUGUUGACAAAAUGCUGACAGAUGUGGAUGUUGUUGCUUUGGAGCUUUUGAAAAAGACUGACUCCCAGCCAACAUGUGUGAUGUUGUUGGAUUUUAUUCAACACAUUAUGAAGUCUUUUCCUCUUAUGUUUGUGAACACCCCACGAAAGCCAACAAAAGAAAUUCAGCGGCUCAGUAGUGAUGACGAGUGCAGUUGUAUUGGUUUCAGUAACUGGAUUAUAACCAGGCUUCUUCGCAUUGCUGCAGCCCAAAACUGUCAGGUGCUUCAUGACUGUAUUGCAAAGAUUAUACUUUCUUUGCUUUGGCUGUUCAAGAGCAAGAACCCCUUCAUAUUUGGAAUACAAACCAAGGAACUGUUUGGCCUCUUUCAGGAUCUAAUCUGUCUGAGAGAGAAGAAGCUGAUGAUGUACAUUAAGCAGGAUUCUUUCUUCUGGCCAUACAUAAUUAAUCGUUUUGUUGUGGCUGAGAGAGAAGAUGCAGCAUAUUUAACCCCCGCACCUCUUCAAUUAACCUCUGUGUUACAAGUAGAAUUAUUGGAGGUCAUAUUACUGAGAAUACUUUCUUCGAUCCUCUCAAGUGUGUUUUGCAGGAGGCAACGACUCAUCUUAUGGGAAAUAGGCUGCUCUCUUUUGGAACAUGGCAGUCCCAAGAUUAAGAGUAUUGUGUUGGCUUUGCUAACAAAGUUGAUAAACCUUGGAGGACCACCACCAGAAGAAUUGGCAAAUACAUUCUUUACAAAUUUUAUUAGUCUCUUUAAACUGUUUAAAGAGGCUGACAGAGCAGAAUUGGAAUUAUAUGAGGAGCCAUUUGCUUUUUUGGUCAGAGCACUUUUUCCUGUCACUGCUGAACUUCACGCAAGCAUGUCUGCAAUAGAACCUGUUUACCUUAAUAUGUUGAUGGAAAAACUAAGUGUCUUUAUAGGAGAUGGACUGUUAAAACUCGUUGAUUCUGAUAAAUUGAGAUUAGCUCUAUGUCAAAUAUUCCAGCACUUUUUGAUGUUUGCCCCAUCAGGACUUUUGUGUGCAGUGCCAAUACAGAAACAUCGUAUACAUUUAGUUUGCACAGCUUUAACUGAAAUGAUAGGAACUCAACCUAAGCAGGAGUAUUUGUUAAGCUGCUUGUAUAUAGCGAUGAGAGCAGAAGGCAUCACUGCCAUACAGGAAAUAUGUAAUCAUACCCAGACACAAUUGACAGAAGUUCCCAAAACAGACGGAGGGAGUAGCAGUGAUGAAAUUCCAGAAAAAAGACCACGCUUGAGUUUUACUGCACAAAGCGUGCAGAAACCGGAUAUACCAGCUAAAUUUGGUCCAGUGGAAAUAAAAUUCAAGAGCAAGCUAUGGUGGGCAAUGUGUGAGAGACUCGCUUCAUUAAUCAGUUUACUGGAGAAGGCUCAGUCGCAUGAGAAGGCUGUAACUGUGUUGGAGGGUAUCACAAUUAUACUUCGUUUGGCUGCUCUGUGUACAGCAUUCUGUGACCAAGGAGUUUCAGAUAGUACUGACAGAAUCAAAACAAAUAACACUUCCAGUGGGAAGACACAAUGUUCCACUGGAAUUUCGUCAAUGAAAAUACAAUUGAUUUGGAUAAAUUUUGAGAUGUUUACCCAAGUCCUGGAAUAUGGAAGAAAACAACUGAGCAUUGCUUCCAAAGAUGAAGAAUUGGGACAGUUAGUUGACAGAUUAAUAAAAAUAAUUGAUGCCGCAAUCUGCUUGCAAGUUGUCCAAGAUCAAGGGAACAAAGAUACACUUCAGACACUUUGUGAUUUUCUGUCAUUACCGUGGAUUCACAAACACAGUACCGAUGCAGUUUUCACAUCUGUUGGCUUCAGCUCUGACCUAAUAUCCCUCAGUCAGCAGUUGUCAAACAGUUUCUCACACCAGAACCAGGCAAAAUGUGUGUACCUGCUUUCUUUACUACACAAUGAGGUGUAUCCUGAUUGGAGAACAGCAAUACACAGAUGGUCUUUGCAGAGUUCCAGUGAAGUCACCCGUGCAGGUUCUGUGCAGGGUUUCCCCAUACUGCUGCAUUAUCUCGGUGUUAAAUCACAUUCCCUCAUUGAGGAGGUUCUCUUAAACAAGCUCCAAGAGGAUUCCAAUUUGAUACAUGAAGAAUUGGCCAAUAAUGUUGGAAAGUUAGCCUGUGUGCUUUCAGGCAAAUCUGAAUUGUUGCUUCCCAUCAACGACUUGCUACUUACAAAUGAAGAUUGUGAACUCCUCUGUAGUAAUAUCAUUGUAAGAAGUGAGUGUGCACUCGCUGAACCUUCAGUUGGACCUUCUACUUUUAUUCCAUUCCUUGUGCUAAUUGGAAAGUCAAUGCCUGCUUCAGUAAAACUUGCUUUCAUAAGCAACAUUCCCUAUCUGUGUAAACAUGUGAAUUUGGGGAAAACUGAUUCAGAUACCAAAGCCAUUUAUGGUGCAAUACUGAACCUCAUGGAAGAUUCAGAUAAAGCUGUCAGAAUUGCAUUUGGUGAAAAAAUACAUCAUUUGUUAGAGUCCCAAGAUGUUGAAGAGCAGAGUUUACUUAAAGAGCUGCUUGUAUCUAAACUGAAGGAGGCAUACGCAGUUGCUAAGAUUUCAAGAAAUAAUGAGCUAAAAGAUACACUAAUCAUUACAACCAGAGAAAUUGGACGAGCUGCCAGAGGAGACCUGGUUCCAUUAGCCCUUUUGCACCUGUGUCACUGUUUAUUGUCCAAGUUCACAUUUGUUGCUGGUGCAGCUUAUACAGAGAUCAGAGCACUAGCAGCAGCCAAAGGUAUGAAGCUGCAAGCCUUCUUUAGCCAGUACAAGAAGCCCAUAUGCCAGUUUCUGGUGGAAUCAUUACACACAAGACAGCUGGCAGCCAGCACUAGUAUUGAGGGUCAGAGUAAAGAACUGUGUCAGCGAGAGGCAGAUCAUCAGCGGCAGAUUACACUUGGCAUCUUAUCUGAAGUGGCUCAAGUGUUUGAUUUUCCAGAUUUGAAUCGCUUUCUCACUCGUACCUUGCAAUCUCUGUUGCCAUAUCUGGCUGCAAAGGCCAGCGCUGCUACUUCUUUACUGAUCCGGACCAUUGCAAAACAGCUGAAUGUUAAUCGCCGAGAGAUCUUGAUCAACAACUUUAAAUACGUUUUUUCCCACCUGGUUUGCUCUUGCUCAAAGGAUGAACUCGAGUGUAGUCUCCAUUAUCUCCAGAAUGAAACCGAACUGGAACUGGGCAGCCUUCUUAGACAGGAUUUUCAGGGGUUACAUAAUGAACUAUUGCUGCGUAUAGGGGAGCACUUUCAGCAGGUUUUCAAUGGACUGGCCAUACUGGCUGCUUCUGCUUCUAGAAAUGAUCAACACCAAGCACCCAGAGACAUUACUUCCCCAGAGCUAAUGGCGGACUACUUGCAGCCUAAACUGUUGGGGAUUCUGGCCUUUUUUAAUAUGCAUCUACUGAGUUCCAGUGUUGGAAUGAAUGAUAAAAAGAUGGCUAUGAAUAGUUUAAUGUCAUUAAUGAAAUUGAUGGGACCAAAACACAUUAGUUCAGUCCGGGUAAAGAUGAUGACCACCCUGAGGACAGGCCUGCGAUAUAGGGAUGAAUUUCCUGAAUUGUGCUGCAGAGCAUGGGAUUGUUUUGUGCGCUGCCUAGAUCCCAGUUAUCUGGGGGCCCUUCUCAGUCAAGUGAUUGUGGCUCUGCUUCCUCUAAUGUCCAUUCAGCCAAAGGAAACUGCUGGAAUAUUUCGCUACCUUAUUGUGGAGAAUAGAGCUGAAGUAAAAGAUUUUCUCCAUGAGAUUUACUUUUUGCCAGAACACCCUGAUUUUACUGAGGUCCAGAAUGUUCUGCAAGAUUAUAGAAAGGAAACCUCUAAAAGUACAGAUUUACAAACUGAACUGCAACUGUCUAUGCGAGCUGUUCAGCAUGAGAAUGUAGAUGUCCGUAUACAUGCAUUGACCAGUUUGAAGGAUACUUUAUACAAGAAACAGGAACAAUUGGUAAAACUUGCCACAGACAGUGAGACCGUAGAGCCUGUUAUCUCUCAGUUGGUGAUGGUGCUUCUGAAGGGUUGUCAAGAUGCAAAUGCACAAGCUAGACUUUUGUGUGGAGAGUGCCUUGGUGAGUUGGGCGCAAUAGACCCUGGCCGAUUGGACCUCAUGACCAGUAACACAGAGGGAAAAAGCUCUACGUUUGUGGCUGGUGUGGAGGACCCCAAUUUUGCCCAUCAUUUAUUGAUAGAGCUGACAAGAGCCUUCCUUGCUUAUGCAGAUAACGUUCGAGCUCAGGACUCAGCUGCUUAUGCCAUUCAGGAGCUGCUACAAAUUUAUAAAUGUAAAGAAGGGAAAAGCGAUUGCCCAGGACGUAGGUUGUGGAGGAGCUUUCCAGAGCAUGUGCAAGAAAUCUUGGAGCCUCAUCUAAAUACCAGGUAUAAAAGCUCUCAGAAGACUUGCAAUUGGGUCAGCAUCAAGAAGCCAUUUUAUCUUGGCAAACAUGACAGAAAUUUUGCAGAGUGGUCAGCAACAUGGGCUGGAUACCUUACAACCAAGGUUCGACAUGAGCUAGCCAGAAAAGUAUUUGACUGUUGCAGUUUUAUUACAAAACAUGACUUUAAAGUGACAAUCUAUCUGCUACCUCAUAUUCUAGUCUACGUUUUGCUUGGGUGUAAUGAAGAGGAUCAACGUGAAGUGUAUUCAGAGAUGAUGGCUGUCCUAAAGCAUGAUGAGGCUUCGGAUAGGAGGUUGCAGGACAGUGCAUCAGAUCUUAGUCAGUUGAGUACGCAGACUGUUUUCUCUAUGUUGGAUCAUCUUGCACAGUGGUCCAGGCAUAAAUUACAGGCUCUGAGCUCGGAGAAAAGUGGUAGCAGAUCCAGCAAGGACCGAGGGGGCCCUAAUGUUUCAAGCUCAGAGUACAAGGAGUAUAAAAAUGUCACCUCUUUCCUGGACCUCAUACCCCAAGAUGCUCUUGCUGUAGCUUCUUUUCGAUCCAAGGCUUAUACUCGAGCAGUGAUGCACUUUGAAUCCUUCAUCACAGAAAAGAAAGAGAACAUUCAGCAGCAUCUUGGAUUUUUGCAGAAACUAUAUGCAGCAAUGCAUGAACCAGAUGGAGUAGCUGGAGUUAGUGCAAUCCGUAAAGGAGAGCGAUCUCUCAGGGAGCAAAUUUUAGAACAUGAGAGCAGUGGACUACUCAGAGAUGCCACAGCUUGCUAUGACAGAGCUAUUCAGUUGGAACCUGAUGAGAUUAUUCAUUAUCAUGGAUUGAUGAAGUCUAUGCUUGGGCUUGGCCAGUUGUCCACAGUAAUCACUCAGGCUAAUGGAGUGCUUGCAAGCAGGCCUGAGUGGACCUCUGAAUUGAACACAUACAGAGUGGAGGCAGCGUGGAAGCUAACACAUUGGGACUUACUGCAGAAUUAUGUGACUACGGAGGGGAAAUCCUGUUCUUGGAGUGUGAGACUUGGCCAACUGUUGCUUGUGGCUAAACAGAGCAACACAGAGGGUUUCUAUGAACAGUUGCAGGUUACUCGAGCAGAACAGAUUGUGCCUCUCUCUGCCGCAAGUUUUGAACGAGGGUCCUACCAGCGAGGUUAUGAGUACAUUGUCAGGUUACAUAUGCUGUGCGAGCUGGAGCACAGUGUCAAAGGACUGCUCCAGCAGCAGCCUGGGACACGUGGUAAGGAACGUGAACAUCCUCUCAACUGGCAGGCUCGUCUAGAAAUGACUCAAAAUUCCUUUCGGGCCAAGGAGCCAAUCUUGGCACUGCGCAGAGCUUUGGUCUGUGUCAGUAAAAUGACAGACUACAGUGAGCUGGUUGGAGAAUGCUGGCUGCAAAGUGCUAGAGUUGCCAGGAAAGCAGGUCAUCACCAAACUGCAUACAAUGCCCUCUUGAAUGCGGGAGAGUCCCGAUUACCUGAGCUUUACAUAGAAAGAGCAAAGUGGCUUUGGUCCAAGGGAGAUGUUCACCAAGCUUUAAUUGUCCUGCAGAAAGGUGUCGAGUUGUGUUUUGGAGAAACAGAAACAGAAAUGAGUGAUGAUAAAAGCUGUUUAAUAAAGGGGAAAGCUGUGCUGUUGGUUGGACGUUUUAUGGAAGAGACAGCGAAUUUUGAAAGCAAUGCAGUUAUGAAAAAAUAUAAGGAAGUGACCACUUUGUUACCAGACUGGGAAGAUGGACAUUUUUACUUGGCGAAGUAUUAUGACAAAUUGAUGCCAAUGGUGACUGAUAACAAGAUAGAGAAGCAGGGAGAUUUGAUUCGCUACAUCGUCCUUCAUUUUGGCACUUCACUGCGGUUUGGAAAUCAGUUUAUCUACCAGUCCAUGCCUAGAAUGUUAUCACUGUGGCUUGACUAUGGAGCAAAAGCCUACGAAUUGGAAAAAGCACCAGGACGAAGUGCUGAUCGUAUUGCCAUGAGAACAGAUCUUGAAAAAAUUAACAAGGUGAUAGAGGAUCACACUAACUACCUGGCUCCCUACCAGUUUCUGACAGCAUUUUCACAACUGAUUUCACGAAUAUGCCAUUUUCAUGAUGAUGUGUUCACUCGUCUGAAGGGCAUUAUUGUCAAGGUUUUCCUGGCUUAUCCUCAACAGGCCAUGUGGAUGAUGACAGCAGUCUGCAAGUCAUCUUAUGCAACACGAGUUACUCGAUGCAAGGAAAUCCUCCAGAAGGCCAUUAGUGAUAAGAGCGGUUUAGGCAAGUUUAUAGGAGAUGCCACUCGUCUCACUGAAAAAUUGCUGGAACUGUGCAACAAAACGGUGGAUGGAAAUACCACAACUUUAAGCAUGAGCAUUCACUUCAAAUUGCUGAAACGGCUGGUGGAAGAACCUGCUUUCAGUGAAAUACUCAUUCCUUUGCAAUUUGUGAUGACUCCCACUCUACCAUCAACUGCAGGCACUCAUGCAAACCAUGACCCUUUCCCUGGACACUGGGCCUACAUUGCUGGUUUUGAUGACAUGGUGGAGAUUCUAGCCUCUCUUCAGAAGCCAAAGAAAAUCAAUCUUAAGGGUUCUGAUGGAAAAUCCUACAUUAUGAUGUGUAAACCCAAAGACGACCUGAGGAAGGAUUGUCGGCUCAUGGAAUUUAACUCACUAAUUAACAAGUGUUUACGAAAAGAUGCAGAGUCUCGCAGGAGGGAGCUUCACAUCAGAACAUAUGCAGUCAUUCCUCUGAAUGAAGAGUGUGGUCUGGUUGAGUGGGUUAACAACACUGCUGGCUUAAGACACAUUCUGAAUAAGCUGUACAAAGAGAAAGGUGUUUACAUGAUUGGUAAGGAGUUGCGUCAAUGCUUGCUGCCAAAGCAAGCACCUUUGGAGGAGAAAUUAUCUGUUUUUAAACAACAGCUUCUGCCACGUCACCCUGCUGUCUUUCAUGAAUGGUUCCUUAGGACAUUCCCUGAUCCAACAUCAUGGUACAGCAGUAGAUCAGCCUACUGUCGCACUGUUGCUGUGAUGUCAAUGGUUGGCUACAUUCUGGGUUUAGGUGAUCGUCAUGGAGAAAACAUUUUGUUUGAUUCUUUAACAGGCGAAUGUGUUCAUGUGGACUUCAACUGUCUUUUCAAUAAGGGGGAGACCUUUGAUGUUCCAGAAGUUGUCCCUUUUCGUCUAACCCACAAUAUGGUCCAUGCCAUGGGCCCUAUGGGAACAGAAGGUUUGUUCCGCCGAGCCUGUGAAGUGACAUUGAGGUUAAUGCGUGAUCAACGAGAGCCUUUAAUGAGUGUUUUGAAAACUUUCCUGCAUGACCCACUGGUGGAGUGGAGCAAGCCAGUGAAAGGAAGUGCAAGAGUACAACCCAAUGAAACUGGGGAGGUAAUCAAUGAAAAGGCCAAAACCCAUGUUCAAGAUAUAGAAAAGCGACUACAUGGAGUGAUUAAGACAAGAAAUAAGGUGAAGGGUUUACCUUUAUCCAUUGAAGGUCAUGUUCACUACCUUAUUCAGGAAGCAACAAAUGUAAACCUCCUGUGUCAAAUGUACCUGGGCUGGGCUCCAUACAUGUGAAAACAUUCACAAAAAGCUGGAAAUCUGGUAUAAGGAAGAAGCAAGAUAUGUAAUUUAUGGGGUAGCUCCUUGAUUUGUGGCAUCUUUAUCCCCAGCACAAGUUGCAAAUGUUUUAGGAAAUCAGUUUUAUAUCGCUCGAGUACACCUUUGUAGUUGUGAUGUCUUUUGACGACUUACUUCAUGAACAGAAUGAUAUAUUCUUAUCAAGGAGACCACAUCAUGAAAAUCAAAAGGAUCUAGUAUUCUCCUUCAAUUCCAGAAGCCAAGAUAAAGGAAAAACGGAGAAUUUUGAUUUCUGACUUCUGAUUGAGUGCAGUGCAAAUCUAAGGAGUAAAUUAAUUAUUUUUUUAAAAAUACUGGGCUAGGAAUUAAAAGCUUUCAAGACAAUUUUGUGGAGGAUGUAAGAUUUAACUGGAACAGGAAAUCAGAUGUAUAGAAACCUGACAAAGUAUGCAGUAGGAAACUGUUGAUAUAGUAAAACAUGACUUAAAAAUUGUCCAUGCUGAAAGCCAAAUGACUUGAAAUUUAUGGAUAUCCCAGAGACUUACGAAGAUAAGACAAAUGGAUCGUUUAUGUGAACAGGAGAGGGACUCAAAAGGAAUGAACUUCAAUUACCUGAUUGAGACCAGAGCCCAUUGUAUGCUGUCAACUUGUACUAUUUUAACGAAUUUGUAUUACAAACUGACUUGUAUUGAUGCUUUUGAAAAUAAAAAGCACACAUUGGUGACCCAGACAGUUCUUUUUUUUUUAUUCAUUCAUGGGAUGUGGGCGUCACAGCUAGGCCAGCAUUUAUUGCCCAUCCCUAAUUGCCCUUGUUCAGAGGGCAUUUUUUUUAAUGAGUCAGCCACAUUGCUGUGGGUCUGGAGCCACAUGUACACCAGACCGGGUAAGGGCAGCAGAUUUCCUUCUUUAAAGGACAUUCGUUGGGAUCAGUAUGAUUUUCUCUGUUAAGCUUAUCAUUAAGUUACUCCAUUAAGAUUGAACAGAGUCCAUUUUAUACCUAGCAAAACUGUGUGGAAUUCUGAAGUAUAGUGAGGUCCCCUUUCAACUGUACAGCCCCUCUGCAUUUGAGUGAGAGCGAAGACUUUUCUGUAUCUUUAAAAGAAAUGAAAUACAACCUCCAUUCAGAUAUGUAGAGAAAUUACUCCAUUAACUUACUGGAUGGUGGUUGAUGCUGAAGUCAAAGAGUGUUGAGUUGGUCUUGUUGUUAUUUUGAUUUUCAUUGUCCUCCUUUGCAUACAGUUUCCAUUGUUUCUAGUGUAGAUGACACCAACUCCUGUUAAUCAAUAUGUAUGUCAUGGUUUCUUCUAGAAGUUUAUAAACAUGAAAUGUUAGAAAAAUAUGCGCAUUUGUUGAAAUGUACUUUUACGGAACCACUUUUUGUGCCUGUUCAAGGUUGGUUGUAAAAAUCGAACAAAAUAAUUUUUGAAAAUAUUUUUGUACAGGAUUGUACUAUCUGAAAUUGAGUGUUUCUGACCAGAUUUUCUAUAUCUUUUUAUGUUCACAACCUUGGUUUACAUUGGCAUGUAAAAUAAAACAUAAAACA